CGCAUCUUGUCUCAUAUGUUGUCUCUUGGUUCAACGAUCGGCGAGCCAGCAGACCGUGCGGUUGGCUAACGGGACCUGGUGGGCGGGACGCCUUGAGAUAUUCCAUCAAGGGCAAUGGAGUAGAGUGUGUGAUCGUAUGUUUGGUAAACAGAACGCUCAGGUGGCCUGUAGGAUGCUGGGAUUUGACAGUCCUGAAGCUCUAGUUGUCAGUUCUGCGAUGUACGGGGAAGGUUCAAGCAAGAUUGCACCAUUCAACUACACGUGUCGGGGUACUGAAGCCAGUCUGACAGGUUGUAAAUACACGUGGCACAAUGACGACUUCUGCAUCGAAAGAAAAUUUGUCGGUGUUGCCUGCGUUGUCUUAUCUACUCAGCUUCGUCUAGCGGGUACUCGGCGCACAAGACAGGAUAUGGGUCGUGUGGAAAUAUUAUUUGGGGCUGCAUGGACUACUCCUUGUGUCAGUAGCUUCAGCAGUAGCCUUGCUAAGGUCAUCUGCAGACAGAUGAAUUAUCCCUCACAAGCAGCAACUGCUGUGGAGCCAUCAUCCUUUGGACCGAGGACAGGACGUUUCCUUGUCGCUGGUAUUGUGUGCACGGGCAUGGAGUCCAAUAUACUAAACUGUAUCCGGACAUUUACUGGCUUCAGUGAAACCUGCUCUUCAUCUGAGCUUGGCGUAAUCUGCAGUGAUUCAAGCCCCUCUCCUUUCAUCGUUGUGGAGACAAGCUCUACCAGCACUGCCUACCCAAUGAUGGAGGGAACCAAUGUUACACUGAAAUGCGUCUCCUCACAGCGAGGUCUGUCACAUCUGAACUUCUCUUGGCCAGAGACUGCAGGUGGCCGUCCUUCUGGUUAAUACCUCAUCUUUGACAAGCUGACAAGAUCACACAAUGGAGGCAGAGUGAGGUGUAUGGCCAGCUAUGGACAGCCUCCUAGAACUCAAAUUGCUACGAGUGACACAUUGGCAAUGGAUGUUUAUUAUCGGCCUGUGAUUAGAAUAAAAUGGGAAGGAAACACGUGUGAACCUCUGGACUCCAGUCCAAGUCGCUGUGUUUUCAGUCAAGACCAGCAAGUCAUUCUUUACUGUGAGGCUGACAGCAACCCUCCUCCUGCUUCUGUAAGAUGGUCUGGACAGGUUGAGAGUGCAACUGGACAGCUGUACAUACCUUCUGCACAGAGGAGCUGGCACAAUGGUCGAUACUUCUGUACUGUGUCCUCUAAACCAGUGUCCAGUGAUGGCCGUCAGACACUAAGCUCAACACACAGCUUCAGUGUUAUUGUUAAAUACCCAUCUCGAGUACUGAAUUUUCAAGUGAAUGCUGGGAUGAGAAGGGUUGUGACUGUUCCUGAACACUUCCCAGUGUACAUGCGGUGUGAAGCUGAGGGGAGACCAUCACCUCACAUGACGAUUGUCCGUGACACUGUGGACAAGCGAGAGGUCGCCAGCAGGCCUCGAGGUGCAGUUGAGUUUUCUGACCAAAGAAAUGUGUUAACAUAUGACUUGACUGCCGCACCUUGCGAGGCUUCAGGUGACUACAGGUGUGAGGUGGACAACGGAGUUGGAAAAGAUAUUCAGAACAUCAGGAUUUAUGUUAUGUGUGCUCCCAGGAGAAGCAGCACCGAAGAACAAUCUUCAAUCCUUAAUAUUGCCAUAAACGAAGGCCUUUUCAGUGUUCAGCUGACAGCAUACCCAACACCGACAGUCAAAAACACUCUCUACCUUGGGCAGUACAAUGACAACAGCACCGAAGGGACACCAGUGUGGAAUAAGUUUUAUGUCGCGUGUGAGGCGAACAGUUCUCUUCCCGCCUCAGUCAUCUGCAACAUCACGACCAUCAACAUGACAAACGCUGACGAAGGGUUCUUUAAAGUAAUUUUCAGCAAUCAGCUUGGGGAGCUGCCUCUUAUACUUCUAGUCCGGCGAGAUGAGGACCGUGGCGUCAACUUAAAUGACAUCCUUGGUUCAGCCUUGGGAAGCGCUUGUGUACUUAUUGUGGCCAUUAUUCUGGCAGUCUUCAUAGCCAAGCAUUGCAAAGGUAAGAAGUGUCUGACCAGACAUGGAGACCCAAAUACAAGGCAGAAUCUGGAAAGAGAAGUUUCUCUGGAGGACAUACAAUUUAGAGGCGCAACAAAUGAUUAUCAUCGAGAGACAUGUAGAAGUGAUGCAAUGAGCAUGUCUCAAACAGAAGACAUCAUGACAGGCAAGUAGACAAAAUUAACAGAAUGAAAGACGAGUAGACAGAAUAUUCAGUCUCUGAAA